CAACAACUCCACCCCCCUCGAGGGGAGAUGACCCCCUCGUUACCCGCGUCUGCUCCGCCUCAGGUCGUCCUCUCCCAUUCCUUGGGGCUUGUUUCCCUUGUCCUCCACAUAGCCGCAGGGUCGCGGUCGCCGAAGCCCCUUCUGACUGGCUCUGGGGGUCUUUCCGCACCCCCUUGCGAGGGCUUAUUAGGGGGCGCCGGAGUAACUGCCGGGAGCACGUCUGCUGCAUUCGGGGCGAGCGGUGUAGGAAGGAUCAUCAGGAACCCAUGUCUGGCUCUUCACAAAUUAAAGUUGCCAAAAAGUGGAAGCAACCCAAAUGUCCAUCAGCGGAUGAAAUGAGCAUGCAAGCAGCAAGAUGUCCUACAGAUGAAUUGUCUUUAACCAAUUGUGCAGUUGUGAAUGAAAAGGAUUUCCAGUCUGGCCAGCAUGUGAUUGUGAGGACCUCUCCCAAUCACAGGUACACAUUUACACUGAAGACGCAUCCAUCAGUGGUUCCAGGGAGCAUUGCAUUUAGUUUACCUCAGAGAAAAUGGGCUGGGCUUUCUAUUGGGCAAGAAAUAGAAGUCUCCUUAUAUACAUUUGACAAAGCCAAACAGUGUAUUGGCACAAUGACCAUCGAGAUUGAUUUCCUGCAGAAAAAAAGCAUUGAUUCCAACCCUUAUGACACCGACAAGAUGGCAGCAGAAUUUAUUCAGCAAUUCAACAACCAGGCCUUCUCAGUGGGACAACAGCUUGUCUUUAGCUUCAAUGAAAAGCUUUUUGGCUUACUGGUGAAGGAUAUUGAAGCCAUGGAUCCUAGCAUCCUGAAGGGAGAGCCUGCAACAGGGAAAAGGCAGAAGAUUGAAGUAGGAUUGGUUGUUGGAAACAGUCAAGUUGCAUUUGAAAAAGCAGAAAAUUCAUCGCUUAAUCUUAUUGGCAAAGCUAAAACCAAGGAAAAUCGCCAAUCAAUUAUCAAUCCUGACUGGAACUUUGAAAAGAUGGGAAUAGGAGGUCUAGACAAGGAAUUUUCCGAUAUUUUCCGACGAGCAUUUGCUUCCCGAGUAUUUCCUCCAGAGAUUGUGGAGCAGAUGGGUUGUAAACAUGUUAAAGGCAUCCUGUUAUAUGGACCCCCAGGCUGUGGUAAGACUCUCUUGGCUCGACAGAUUGGCAAGAUGUUGAAUGCAAGAGAGCCCAAAGUGGUCAAUGGGCCAGAAAUCCUUAACAAAUAUGUGGGAGAAUCAGAGGCUAACAUUCGCAAACUUUUUGCUGAUGCUGAAGAGGAGCAAAGGAGGCUUGGUGCUAACAGUGGUUUGCACAUCAUCAUCUUUGAUGAAAUUGAUGCCAUCUGCAAGCAGAGAGGGAGCAUGGCUGGUAGCACGGGAGUUCAUGACACUGUUGUCAACCAGUUGCUGUCCAAAAUUGAUGGCGUGGAGCAGCUAAACAACAUCCUAGUCAUUGGAAUGACCAACAGACCAGAUCUGAUAGAUGAGGCUCUUCUUAGACCUGGAAGACUGGAAGUUAAAAUGGAGAUAGGCUUGCCAGAUGAGAAAGGCCGACUACAGAUUCUUCAUAUCCACACAGCAAGAAUGAGAGGGCAUCAGUUACUCUCUGCUGAUGUGGACAUUAAAGAGCUGGCCAUGGAGACCAAGAAUUUCAGUGGUGCUGAAUUGGAGGGUCUGGUGCGAGCAGCGCAGUCCACCGCUAUGAAUAGACACAUAAAGGCCAGUACUAAAGUGGAAGUGGACAUGGAGAAAGCAGAAAGCCUGCAGGUGACGAGAGGAGACUUCCUUGCUUCUUUGGAGAAUGAUAUCAAACCAGCAUUUGGCACAAACCAAGAGGAUUAUGCAAGUUACAUUAUGAACGGUAUCAUCAAAUGGGGUGACCCAGUUACUCGAGUUCUAGAUGAUGGGGAGCUGCUAGUGCAGCAGACUAAGAACAGUGACCGCACACCAUUGGUCAGCGUGCUUCUGGAAGGCCCUCCUCACAGUGGGAAGACUGCUUUAGCUGCAAAAAUUGCAGAGGAAUCCAACUUCCCGUUCAUCAAGAUCUGUUCUCCUGAUAAAAUGAUUGGCUUUUCUGAAACAGCCAAAUGUCAGGCCAUGAAGAAGAUCUUUGAUGAUGCAUACAAAUCCCAGCUCAGUUGUGUGGUUGUGGAUGACAUUGAGAGAUUGCUUGAUUAUGUCCCUAUUGGCCCUCGAUUUUCAAAUCUUGUAUUACAGGCUCUUCUCGUUUUACUGAAAAAGGCACCUCCUCAGGGCCGCAAGCUUCUUAUCAUUGGGACCACUAGCCGCAAAGAUGUCCUUCAGGAGAUGGAAAUGCUUAAUGCUUUCAGUACCACCAUCCACGUGCCCAACAUUGCCACAGGAGAGCAGCUGUUGGAAGCUUUGGAGCUUUUGGGCAACUUCAAGGAUAAGGAACGCACCACAAUUUCUCAGCAAGUCAAAGGGAAGAAGGUCUGGAUAGGAAUCAAGAAGUUACUCAUGUUGAUCGAGAUGUCCCUACAGAUGGAUCCUGAAUACCGUGUGAGAAAAUUCUUAGCCCUCUUAAGAGAAGAAGGAGCGUCCGAGAGACCAAGCAAGGAAGUUGGUUGUACUGUUGGUUUGCUCUCCCUGUCCUGCUUCGCAAAACUUCCUUGUCACAAUGCAGGAAAAACUUAAUGUGACCAAGGGAAGUGACCAAGGUGAAGAUGGCCUGGGAUCUUCACUGUCUUACUCAAGAUACCGGACUAAGUGGAACGUUCUCUACCUUCAACACGUGCUCACUCUGCAUGAUUAGUGCAAUAAAACCCCCUUCCUUAUGCGUACUGAGAUAGCUUAGUGUCUCGUGGAAGGUGUAAAUUUGGUUUAGAAUGCUGCGCUUACCUUCCCAUGCAGGCUAAAGUGAUUCCUUCUUGCUCAGUCCCUCUGUGUGGGAACCAUCCAGUACUUGUGGACACUACACGUUUCAGGCUCUCUACUAGCACAUCACCCCUGAAAACUCUCAGUCAGUGUAAUGAAUGUUGCAUGACAACAAUUAGCCAAUUAGAAGGCAGACUUUCUACAUCCAAACCUGGCUUAGUAAAUCGAGGCGUGGGCCAGAGAUCCUCUGACAGCUGUCCUGAGCUAACACUAAAGGUCACUGGGUAUUUGGUUAAAGGUCUCCCACAAGACUGGUUAUUCUCUUUGCCUGAAGAAACAAGGCAUUGAAUGUCUAAAAUGCUGUUCUCAAUCAUUGUCAGAGAUGUUUUCAAGUUGCAGUCAGAAGAUCUUUCUUAAUAGAAAGUCAGAUGACUACCGUGUUGGUUGUGACUUCCCCUUAGUAUAACUAAUUUGCUCUGUGGUAAGAGAUACGCUAAUUAUUACCACUUAGUAGAUGUUGUUAAAAACAUGUGAAAGAUAGGUAUGGAAAAAGCAUACACCCCCAAACAGAAAGGAGUUAUUAAAGUAAUUUACAAACCUCUCGGCACUAAUUAGUGUCCAACUCCAAGUGGGUCAAUUCCUUAGUAUAAUAUUAAGGCUUAUUAGUAUCACUGCUUUUUUCUUAGCUUAAUGACUUACUUAGAAUUUAUCCUUUAUUUUAAUUCAUCUGUACUAUCUAGUGUCUAAAUAAAACACUAUUCUCCAGAAAAAUCGUUUUCUAGCCCUCUCCCUCAGUGCUUUAUUGUCCAUUCCAAUACAUUGAACACAUUUCCUUUACCCUCCACACACUUCUUCCAAAAGGAAGCACCCAUUGAGUCCUUUUGAGGGCAAUCUGUCUUAUAACUGACUGACUUAGCAGGAAUUUAAUUAGGUCAUAUUUGGUGAUGAGACUUAUGGAGCGUGCCUCUCUCUCCCCAUUGCUGCUUAAAAUGCAAGGACAAGCAAUUAGAAGCCAUCCUAAGGUGCUUACACCACACGCCACCCAUGAGGCUUGUGGCCACAGUGGCACUUGGGUGUGGCUCUUCUGUCAUUUGUCCCCAUGUGAGAAAGCAAAUCAUCUCCAAAUCUUGCUAUUUGUAUACUUUUCUUGGAGACUUGUAUGUUAUAUCUUCUUUGUUUUGGGUUUUCUUCCCUAGCUUAUUUUGUGGCUUUUAAAGAAGUAGAUUGUAUUGUGAGCUCCUGUGAUUCCUGGUGGCCAGUAUCCUGGAUUCCUCUAAGAGCUUGCCUCUUGCCUCCUCAUGAAAGCAGCACACAUUGUGUUAACUUAUGUCUCUUGUUAAAUGAGCUUAAUGUCUUUGUGUUUUGUCCAAAACUAUAUUGAAAAAUAUAAAUAUUGUUUAAUGCAAAUGAAGGAAUGCAAUAAAGAGUAAAUAUACUUGAAAA